CCACUUCACAUCUUCAGCCCACAAUCACCUGCAUCUCUAAUUCCUAAGUGUUUCCUCCACCAUGGCUAAGCUCUUCCUCUCUCUUCUAACCUUUCUUCUUCUCUUCAGCCUCAGCUUUGCUCUUCGAGGGAGCACCUGGCAACAGGGCCAGUGCCGUAUCUCAAGAAUCAACGCCCAGGAGCCCACUCGUCGGAUCCAAGCUGAAGGCGGAGUUUCUGAGUUCUGGGAUCACAACAGCGAUGAAUUCCAGUGUGCCGGCGUCUCCAUUCAUCGCCACCGCCUGCAGGCCCGAGCCCUCAUGCUGCCCGCCUACCACAAUGCCCCGAUUCUAGCCUACGUUCAACAAGGUAGAGGAAUGUAUGGGGUUAUGAUUUCGGGUUGCCCCGAAACUUUCGAGUCAUCUCAACAACAGUUUGAGGAGGGGAGAGGGGCGCAGAGAUUCAGGGACCGGCAUCAGAAAAUCGGACAGUUCCGGGAGGGUGAUAUUCUGGCUUUCCCUGCCGGGGCUGCUCACUGGGCUUACAACAAUGGUGAUCAGGAGCUUGUUAUUGUUGUCUUGCAAGACAAUGCCAAUAAUGCCAACCAACUUGAUCCAAAUCCAAGGUCGUUUUUCCUGGCCGGAAACCCUGCAGGAAGGGGACAAGAGCAGCAGGAGUACGCGCCACAACUCGGACGCAAGCGCGGCCAACACCAAUUCGGCAAUGUUUUCCGGGGAUUUGAUGUCCAAAUAUUGAGUGAGGUGUUCGGGGUUGAUGAGCAGACAGCAAGAAGCCUCCAGGGCGAAAACGAUGAAAGGGGACACAUAAUCACAGUCGCAAGAGGCCUUCAGGUUAUCAGCCCACCUCUCCAGAGAGAGGAAUAUGGUCGCCAGGAGGAGGAGCCAUAUUACGGCCGCCGCGAUAAUGGGCUUGAGGAGACCAUUUGCAGCGCCAAGCUGAGAGAAAACAUCGACAAACCCUCACGCGCCGACAUCUACAACCCACGUGCCGGGCGGUUCUCCACCAUCAACAGCCUCACCCUCCCAAUUCUCAGUUUCCUCCAGCUCAGCGCCGCCCGUGGUGUUCUUUACAGGAACGGAAUAAUGGCGCCACACUGGUGCGUAAACGCCCACAGCGUAAUCUACGUGACCCGAGGCGAGUCCGACAUGCAGAUAGUGAACCACAACGGGCAAGCCGUUUUCGACGGGAGAGUCCGAGAGGGUCAGGUGGUGGUGGUGCCACAGAACUUCGCGGUGGUGAAGCGGGCCGGAGAACAGGGCUGCGAGUGGGUGGAGUUUAACACCAACGACAACGCCUUAAUCAACACCCUGAGCGGCAGGACCUCGGCGUUGAGGGGGCUGCCGGCGGACGUGAUCGCGAAUGCUUAUCAGAUAUCAAGGGAGGAGGCGCAGAGGCUCAAGUACUCGAGGAGGGAGACGAUGAUGUUCAGGUACGUACGUGUCAAUCUGAAUGUGAAUGGCAAGAGGCUGAGAGUGUUUUUCUUUCUGAGUUGA